UAAUUUGCAUAUCGACAGUUCUAGCCGGUGAUUUUUAGACUACGUGUCUAAAAAGAAAAUGUGUGGUUGAUCGGUUUUAAGUUUUAACUCUUGUCUGGCUUGAAUGAAGAUAUGAAUCGAACGCCAAAGAUGAUAAACAGUAAAGUCGCUGGCUACAGCAGCCUUAUUACGUUUUCAAUAUUAUUAAUAGCCUGGCUAGCCGGAUUUUCUUCACGCCUCUUUGCUGUCAUACGAUUUGAAUCAAUUAUCCAUGAGUUUGAUCCCUGGUUUAAUUAUCGAGCCACGGCUUACAUGGUGCAACAUGGAUGGUACAAGUUUCUUAAUUGGUUUGACGAACGAGCUUGGUAUCCAUUGGGUCGUAUCGUUGGUGGAACCGUAUAUCCAGGAUUAAUGAUAACAUCUGGAGGAAUUCAUUACCUUCUCCACGUACUCAACAUUCCCGUCCAUAUUCGUGACAUUUGCGUAUUUUUGGCACCUGUUUUUAGUGGCCUAACAUCAAUUUCCACAUAUUUAUUGACAAAGGAGCUAUGGUCGUCUGGAGCUGGAUUGUUCGCUGCAAGUUUUAUAGCAAUUGUGCCCGGAUAUAUUAGCCGCUCAGUGGCUGGAUCGUAUGACAACGAAGGAAUAGCUAUAUUUGCUCUUCAGUUCACAUACUUCCUAUGGGUGCGUUCAGUCAAAACAGGAUCCGUAUUCUGGUCGGCAGGUGCCGCAAUUUCGUACUUCUACAUGGUUUCUGCAUGGGGUGGAUAUGUAUUCAUCAUCAAUCUAAUUCCUCUACAUGUGUUUGUGCUACUCAUAAUGGGUAGAUACUCGCCCCGACUGUUGACGAGCUACAGCACAUUUUACAUCCUCGGACUUCUUUUUUCCAUGCAAAUACCGUUUGUUGGAUUCCAGCCAAUACGUACAAGCGAACACAUGGCAGCACUUGGCGUAUUCGUGCUUCUCAUGGCUGUGGCUACGUUGCGUCACUUGCAGUCUGUAUUAUCGCGACACGAAUUUAGAAAACUGUUUUUUGUGGGCGCACUGCUUGUUGGCGUAACGGUAUUUGUCGCAGUAGUUCUUCUUACAAUGUUUGGCGUUGUUGCACCAUGGAGUGGACGAUUUUACUCACUUUGGGACACUGGCUAUGCAAAGAUUCAUAUUCCAAUAAUUGCGUCUGUAUCGGAACAUCAGCCAACCACUUGGUUCUCAUUUUUCUUCGAUUUGCACAUUCUUGUAUGCGCUUUUCCGGUUGGUGUCUGGUAUUGCAUCAAACAAAUUAACGAUGAGCGAGUUUUUGUGGUGCUUUAUGCCAUAAGUGCUGUAUAUUUUGCCGGAGUAAUGGUGCGCCUAAUGUUGACCCUAACACCUGUGGUAUGCAUGCUUGCUGGUGUGGCAUUCUCCGGAUUGUUGGACGUCUUUCUGCAAGAAGAUUCUUCAAAACGUAUGGGCAGUGCCAUGAAUGCGGUCACAGAAACCGAUGACCAAGAAGACUCUAUAGAGAGGAAAACCUUAUAUGAUAAGGCUGGAAAAUUGAAACACCGAACUAAACCGGAUUCACCACAAGAUAAUGGAAUAAGCUCAAAUUUAAAAAGUAUUGUGAUUCUGGCGGUUUUAAUGCUGUUAAUGAUGUUUGCUGUGCACUGCACCUGGGUAACUAGCAAUGCGUACUCCAGCCCGUCCAUAGUGCUUGCUUUUCAUAACAGUCAAGAUGGAUCUCGCAAUAUCUUGGAUGAUUUUCGUGAGGCAUAUUAUUGGCUUUCCCAAAAUACGGCUGAUGAUGCAAGAAUAAUGUCGUGGUGGGAUUAUGGCUACCAGAUAGCUGGCAUGGCAAACAGAACAACUUUAGUGGACAACAAUACCUGGAACAACAGUCAUAUAGCACUAGUAGGAAAGGCCAUGUCUUCUACUGAAGAGAAGUCAUAUGAAAUCAUGACAUCUCUGGAUGUUGAUUACGUUCUUGUAAUAUUUGGUGGCGUCAUUGGGUACUCUGGUGAUGAUAUAAACAAGUUCCUUUGGAUGGUUAGAAUUGCCGAGGGAGAGCAUCCCAAAGACAUUAAAGAAAGCGAUUACUUUACUGAUAGAGGAGAAUUUAGGGUAGAUGCUGAAGGCGCUCCAGCCUUACUUAACUGCCUUAUGUAUAAGCUAAGCUACUACAGAUUUGGAGAGCUAAAACUCGACUAUAGAGGACCAUCCGGAUAUGACCGAACUCGUAAUGCAGUUAUCGGAAAUAAAGAUUUCGACUUGACUUAUCUCGAAGAAGCUUAUACUACUGAGCACUGGUUAGUGCGUAUAUACCGAGUCAAAAAACCAUUCGAGUUUAAUAGACCUUCUUUAAAAGGCACCGAAAGAGUUUUUCCCCCAACUAACUUUAUAUCCAGAAAGAACUCCAAACGUCGCAAGGGUUACAUUCGAAACAGGCCGGUUGUAGUUAAAGGAAAAAGAACUUUGAAAUAAAUUCUAAAUGUAUUUAAAUGAAUAUAUCGCCAA